GCCGGAACUGCGCGUAAAGCGCACAACACAAUAGAGACUCCAAGUUUGCUGUGGACUUACACUCACUUUGAAAGCACAUUUAGCAUUUUACAUGACUUUUAUCCCGUUAUGUGAGCUAAUGCUGUUCUUUAACAUGUUUAAAGCUUUUGCAACUGAACAUGAAUUUGCUUCUUGAAAGCAGCUGACAGUCUCUGUAUUGGAGAAAAUGGACCGGAGGCUUCCGAAGAGGCGAUGGACGUUGGCAGGGCAGGUUGUGUGUCUGCUCCUGUGUGCGUGCGCCCUGGACCGGGUUUUGGCGCAGAUUCGGUAUUCCAUUCCAGAGGAGUUGGAGCACGGGGCUUUUGUUGGAAAUAUCGCCGAGGACUUGGGCUUGGACGUGGCAAAAUUGUCUUCAAGGAGAUUCCGGAUUGUGUCCGGGGCAAGAAAACAAUAUUUAGAGGUGAAUUUGGAGAACGGGAUUUUGUUCGUGAAUGAGAAGAUCGAUCGCGAGGAACUGUGUGAACAAAGUCCGGUUUGUUUCUUGUACUUGCAAGUCGUAAUUGAAAACCCUUUGGAACUGUACCGGGUAGAGGUUGAAAUCUUGGACGUGAAUGAUAACGCGCCCAGUUUCCCGUGGAGCGAGUUUAAUCUGGAAGUCACGGAGUCUGCUGCGCCGGGCUCCCGGUUCCCCCUGGAGAGCGCCCAGGAUCUGGAUGUGGGCUCGAACUCUCUCCGCUCCUACCUGCUGAGCGCAAAUCAACACUUCGUGCUGGACAUUCAAACGCGUAAUGACGGAAGCAAAUUCGCGGAACUCGUGCUGCAGUCGCCGUUAGACCGAGAGCAGCAGAAGACGCACGAGAUGGUGCUCACGGCCGUGGACGGCGGCUCUCCUUUGCGCUCGGGCACCGCUCAGAUUACGGUCACUGUGCUGGAUGCCAACGAUAACGUGCCGGUGUUCGACCGCUCCGUAUACCGGGUCAGCUUGGUGGAGAACGCACCGAGAGGCACGCUCGUGCUCAAACUGAACGCUACGGACCUGGACGAGGGCGUAAACGGUGAGAUUACCUAUUCGUUCAGCGGACACGCACCUCUGAAGAUGCGGGAGCUGUUCAGCGUGGACUCUCACUCGGGUGAGAUUCGGGUGAAGGGGAUAGUGGACUACGAAAAGGCCAGCGUGUACGAGCUCUACGUACAGGCGAAAGACAAGGGUCCCUCCGCCGUGGCCGUGCACUGUAAAGUACUGAUCGAUAUUCUGGACGUGAACGACAAUGCACCCGAGGUCAUAUUAACCUCUGUGUCAACACCUGUUCAGGAGGACGCGCCACCGGGCACGGUGAUAGCCGUGAUCAGCGUAAUGGACCGCGACGCGGGUGAGAACGGGGCUGUGGAUUGCCAGAUUCCCGGGAACGUGCCGUUUCAGCUGCACUCCUCUUUUAGAAACUAUUACACACUUGUAACGAGCGAGUUUCUCGACAGAGAGUCCGUCUCGGAGUACAACAUCACGCUCACGGCGCGAGAUCUGGGCUCGCCGCCGCUGUCCACCAGGAAAACGAUUCUGGUUCAAGUGUCUGACAUUAAUGACAACCCACCGCGCUUCAAUCAGCCCUCUUACACUGUAUAUGUGACCGAGAAUAACGCCCCGGGCGCAUCCAUUUGCUCGGUGACCGCAUUCGAUCCGGACUCUACUCAAAACGCGUAUUUGUCCUAUUCCAUUCUGGAGGAUCAGAUCCAGGGCAUGCCCGUGUCCACUUAUGUAUCCAUUAACUCAGAUAACGGCAACAUCUACGCGCUGCGCUCUUUCGAUUACGAGCAGCUCCGGAACUUUCAGAUCCGCGUACAGGCUCAGGACGCCGGUUUCCCGCCGCUCAGCAGCAACGUGACUGUCAAUGUUUUUGUUUUGGAUCAGAAUGACAACGCACCGGUCAUCCUGUCCCCGCUACCGAAAAACGGCACCGUAGCCACUGACAUUGUGCCCAGGUCGGUGGACGCUGGGUACCUCGUUGCAAAAAUCACUGCGCUAGACGCGGACGCGGGGCAAAACUCUCGCCUCUCAUUUCAGGUGCUUCAGGCGACGGAUCCCGGACUGUUCAGCGUCGCUCUGUACACCGGCGAGAUCAGGACGAUCAGACGUUUCGUGGACAAAGAUGCCAUUAGGCAAAGACUUGUCAUACUCGUCAAGGACAACGGGCAGCCGCCGCUCUCGGCCACCGUGUCCAUCAUUUUGUCGGUAGUGGACAGCGUGCCGGAGUCACUGUCCGAUUUCGGUGACCUCUCGCUCACAUCAACCCCUUCUAACCUCGCGCUCUAUUUAAUCGUGUCACUGAGCACCGUCUCGCUCAUCUUCCUCGUGGCCAUCAUCGUUCUGGCGGCCGUGAAAUGCUACAAGGACCGCGACACUCUCAGCGGUUACGCGCUCUCCUCGCUCGGCGCCACUUGCUGCAGCUUUGAACCGGAGCCGCCAACCGAGGUGUUCAAAAAGUCCAACCUCAACCUGCAGAUCUCCAGCGGCGCAAAAGUGCCCACGAACUGCGCGGAGGUAAACAGCAACCCUGGAAAUCUCUCUCAAGCUUACUGCUACAAAGUGUGUUUGACGCCCGAAUCAGCAAAGAGCGACUUUAUGUUUCUCAAGCCUUGCAGUCCCGGUACACCGAGGAAUAACGCGGCGAGGGGAGCGGAUAACCUGGCGCUGAGCUCACAGAGCCGCUGCUCAUCCGUGAACAACGGAGCGACCACGCCGAACGAGCUGAAGCAAGCAAAUACUGACUGGGCCCUCACCAAAAACCAAACCUCCUCUGUGAAAAGCUGUAACUCUUUAAACAUGGAUGGCACUCUGAUCCGUAAGGCCAUGCAGGCUGAACCAGAGACUUAUAUGACUCCAAUGGCUGCAGGACAGUACUGGACCUGGGGAAACCGCUCGAGAGCAGAGUACCAGAUGCAUUCUCCAGCAGGUGUUUCUCAGCGGGUGUGGACUCCUCAUUACACCCCCACACACAACCCCACCCGCCAUUCGCAACAGCAGCAGCCCACAGCGCAGGUACACCCGCAUCCUCCACCCGAUUACCAGCACAACGUCUACAUCCCCGGCACACCCUCCGGAUUCUGCACCCUGCGCCCCAUUUACCGCAGCGAGCUCGACGUCCACAACUCCUUCUCCACCUUCGGCAAGAAACGCAGGUUAAUCUCGCCCAGCAGCUACGACCCUCAUGACGACAUGGGGAUGGAGGUUAUCAACAAUGACUUGUACAAUGAAUAGAAUAAGGGAGAAAGGAGCCGAGGUGCGAUGAUGUUGAAACUAACGGACAAAAAGAGGAGUGACUCUUUAUAAUGACCAAAGCAUAGCACUUAUUCGUUUAGUCUCGGCCUGUCUGAUGCACAUCGCAAACAGAACCGGAAAGCACUUGCACCGAAUCAAAUUGUCCAACUACUACGAGUCACGGCGCACAGGCAAAAUCGCUCAAAGUACCACGCUGAUAUUUUGAGUGCUUGUGAAACUCUUAUAAUUGGUUCAAGUUUGCUUCAAAUCUUUUGAAAGACUUUUAAAGCUUUGCUUGAGGCACAUAGAAGCUAGCAAACACUCGAAUGGUUCUGCACUUUUCAUCUUGCACUUACUUAAUUGCUUUGUGUGUGUUUGUGGUACAUCAAGCUCAAACCUGAAAUUCUACGACUCUCUCUGAAAAUAUACAGACUGAACAUCUCCUUCGUGUUCCAUGUUAGAAUGAAAGUCAUACGGGUUUGGAACAACACCAGUAUGAUUAAAUGAUGACAGAUUUGAGGGUGUACUCUCUCUUUAAUCUGUUUGUCUCGUAUGGAGUCUGAUUGUUUGGCAUGGUCACGCCAGGCCUAAACGUCAAAAGUCCUUGUUUAUUACCACUAGAACAGCAGUGGGACGAGAAAUGCCGCGCCUAAGACUGAAUAUCAUUACUACCAUUAUUAUAUUUUCUUACUGUUGUUACUUUGACAAUCAUUUCAGCCAUAAUGUGAUUAUUAUACUGUACACCCUAUGCACAUGAUGUGAGCGUAUAUAUCAGCACAGUGGUCAUGGUUGGGUCAUGGCCCAGGAGAAAGGGAAAUCACCAAAAUGUAAUUCAGUAUGAUGAAGGAACGGCUGGAUCAGGAUUCAGAUACUCAUUCCUGCCUCAUGCAGGAGUACAAGAGGUGAAGUCCAUUCAUUCUGA